GCGCUCUGUCCAUGGCGGGAGGACCUUCAGAGACGCGAAAGCGUACGAGGGACCCGACGAGAUGGCUCCCUACUAUCCUCUGUUUGUCACUCGAUCAGAUGGGCUGCUGGAAUUUAUCACAAAAACAGGUGUCAAGGAACUGAACCAGCCCACCACCGCCCAAUUGAACGAUACUCCCGAUGCUAAUGGCAAUGUCGAUUGUUACAGGAGCUUGGAACCCGAUGCAGAGAAGGCAAUCGAUUGGAGACGUAAACUUGGAGGUAUGAUGAUGCGUGAGCUAGGAGGGAAUUCAGAUGAGUUCUCUAAAACUCGAAACUACAUCCUCAAAGAGCUACCUGAUGGAUAUACGCUGUGGGAACAUGUUAAGUACAACAAGGAUAAGAUGACGGAAGACAAGAAAGACAAGGGUGGCAAGCAUGCAGCUGGUACCUAUGAACGACAAGAUGCGUAUCUGUAUGGCCAUCCACAAGGUCGGAAGAAACGCUUCAGGAGCCCUGCAGACUUCUUUCCACAUCUUCUGUGGCUUGCAGUCGAUAGGGAAGAUGAUCCUGCAAAUUGCUCAUGCAAGAUCUGCUCGCCAGAAGGAGAUGGAGAGGUCGCUGAAAAUGCUGGCAAAGCCAAAUCCGAGGACAAGCCAAUAAAGAAGGAGCAGAAACCCACCCCAAUCUUCGCACCCACUCCCAAGGCCAUACCUAUAACUACAUCCGUCCCUGUGGUCCUAGUUCCUUCGAAAUUACCUGCACAACCGACUCGACAAGUGACUACAAGAUCGUCAGAGCAGCAAGCCGAUGGCGACCCCAAUAGCAAAUUCCUCUACCGACCAGGAGAAGUCGUAUGGUUCAAUAACGACCCCAAUUGGCGAUUAGGCGUCAUUGGAAAGCGAGGACUGGUAACUGGCCAGCCACGGUAUCUUAUUCAACCUCUUUCCAACCCUUUGGAGCACCAGGCACAGCAAAUCAAGGACCAGGAGACUUCUCUUCGACCAUGGCUUGCAUGGAGCGUUCCCGAAACCACGAACCCGAGUCUCAACAAUAUGGCCUUCGAAAACGUUCCUUGGGAUCGAGUAGUGGCCGGAGAAUUUGAUGGUAACCGCAAACAUGACCACGUUGUCGAUGGUAGCAUUCUCGCAGCAAAGAUGGUCGACGCAAGCUACUCGCUGUUUGAACGUCAAGAAAAUGCAUUGGCGAGCCCCGGCGAAGUGCAUUAUAAUGGCAUGUUCCUCGGUGCUGAGAAAAUAUGGGUUGGAGAACCAGUUCGUUUGAAGGUUCCACCAAAGCCUGUUCCCGAUAUGGUCGUUAUGGUCAUCCAGAAACUUAUUGAGCGUACUGUACAAGGCAAAUCGUCUGUCACAUUUGUUGGCGAUGUGUAUAAGUUUGUCGAGAUGCCUUCCCAGUACACAAAUCGAUCGCAGUGGCCUACUCCCGAUCUACCUGCUCGCAUGGUUGCAGAUCUUCGGUUCAGAAAUGAAACCGCAGAAAAUGCUGGUACAAACACUUGGUAUGAAUGGCGACUACUAGAGCCAGCCGCACACAAGGAACUUACCGAUAUCCGCGGUCGCUGGUACGAAACAAAAACUCUAUUGCCAAUUCUGCGUGGAGCUGCGCAAUUCAAGCUAGAUCAGAUUGCUGGAAAGCUUGGCGACGCAGGAGAAUGGAUGAAUAGCAGACGGGACAAUAACAAAGUACCGGAGCAGAGAAAGAAGAAUCGGAGAGAUACACUUGGGCCGUCUGUUCCGGCCGAGUUCAAGGUCAGCCGAGGUCUCAAUGGACCAGCAGCCGACAAUAUCUUUCCAGAUGAACAACAACUUCGACCUGCCCCUCCAUUCGAAGGUGCAGCCGAUCUUGAGCAGUUCAUGGAUUUGGACGGUACGGGACAAGAGUUCUAUGCGUGAGUGCAGAAAGAAUUUGUAUGAAGUGUUGCAUGGAAUGGCGUUUACAAGGGAAGUGUAUUGGGCGUUGUAGGCGGAACUGGAGGUAACCUUACAAACACCCAUUUCCUUUCCCAAAAGCUUGUUGCAACUAUCCUUAGAUUAGAUUUCUCGUUGUACCAAUAGCCUUAUAAUGCGGAAUUAUACCUAGAUAGCUUUAAGACCAAAGUCUGUUCACG